CUGCACGGGAGAAAUUUGCUAAAACUCAACUCACCCUGAGAUUGUCUCUUUGCUACACACGCAGUACGAACUACUAACUUCUUUGGCAGUGUCUGUGUUGGCGUGGGCAAAGAUGGGAGGCUGCAGAUGCCAGUGGAAGCCAGCCUGUGGACACUCAGGAGGCAGAGAGAAAGAGGGAGAAACAGGAGAGGAUUCUGGCAAGGAGAGGCGCGUUGAAUCCAAGCUCGAAGCCAAGCGACGGACAGAAGCAGGGGAGACAGAACCAGAGGAGUCAGUGAAACGGCCACCAGCACAAGUCGGACUCGACUCCUCUGUCUCUGACUGUUGCAGGCAGUGGAGGAGGAGGUGACGAGGAGAAGGAGAGAGUGAGCUGGAAGCAGGUGGAAAAGAGCUUCUGAGACUGGACAAGCUGAGCAGUGACGGGAGCGAGCUGGUGAGCAACGUGAGGGUGCUGAAGACGCAAGAGAAGUGCAGUGCAGGAAUCAGCAGGAGGAGGCCCGCAAUGCCAGGUAUGAGAAACUGGAGGCUGAGGCUACAGCUGGUGAGGAGAGGUUUGAAGAGAUCAUGAAGAAAUGGAGCACAGCCAAGAACAGCACCAUCCCACAGGAGAUACAAAAGCUGAUUCUACAGCAAAAGGCGGCGUGUGAUGCCAUGACUGACGAAAAAGACAAACUUGUGAAUGACUUCCAACAGGAGCUGAAGUCUCAGGACGACCAGUACGUCAAGUACCUGAAGAAGCAGGCGGAGGAGGUAGACCUGGUUCUGGAGAGGAUGGAGGAGCAGGCACACACUCUAUUGAGAGCCCACCGACAGGAGAUGGCCCAGAUCGAGAGCUCUUUUGCCACUGAGCGAGAGACCCUCCGAGACAACCACAAGUCAGAGUGGGAGGAGGCAGUUGGGAAGAGACGAAGCCAGGAGGCACACUUCCUGGCCAGGAGGGAGGAGAGAAUCGACAAGAACGAGGCACAGAUACAGCACCUGCGUCGCCGCAACAUGGAGGACUACAACAGGAUCAAGAUUAAGCUGGAGACGGACAUCCAGACGCUGCAGCAGCAGAUCCAGCAGAUGAAGGCCACCUACCUUCUCAAUGCCGAGAAACUCGAGUACAACUUUCAGGUUCUGAAGAAGAGAGACGAAGAGAACACGGCCACCAUCAGCCUCCAGAAACGGAGGAUCACGCGACUCCAGGACACCCACAACCAGCUGAGCACCCGACUCCGCAAGCAGUCGCAGGCCCAGCAGAGCGAGCUACAGGCACUCAUGGAGGAAUACCGCAAGAACACGGAGCAGUACCGAGACGUGCAGAAGAAGGCACGACACUUCCAGAUGUCCGACGCGAGACUGUUCCGAGAAGUCUGGGCCAUGAAUGAGGAGAAAGUGCGGGAGCUGGCGGGCGAGGUGCUGGAGGCUGACAGGGUGGUGCACAAGCAGCAGCUGGGCCUUGAAUGGGGGGAACCGUGCGAGGUGCUCAGUCCCAUGGACAGGGUCUUGGCAACCGCCCGAAGCAAGAUGAGUCAGGCGACAAUUUACGCCUCUCAGGUCCUGUCUGAGCCCGAUGGAAGUGUGGGCAGUGAAGAUGAAGGGUUUGAAGGGGAGGGAGAUGAGGUGUCCAGAGCACCCACUAGAGGGGGAAAGGAGGGGGGAAAGUUGGUGGACACACCCAGGGCACCCACUGCACAUGUCCACCUUUCGUCUACUGUAAAGAAGGUCCUGGAGCUCCUGUGUCAAGAGGCUGGGUUCCUACUGGAUGAGAAGCUCACUCGUCUCGUGGCCCCGCUGGCUAAAGAGGAGCAGAUGAUGAUGAAACUUGACUCCAUGUUCAAGUCACUCGGUGUUCACACAGAGGAAGACAUACGACAUCUGGUUGGGUUCUUUGUUCAUGAGCAAGAGGAGGAGGAGGAAGAAAAGGAGGCCGAAGAGAACGGGGAGAACAAAGGAGAGAGUCAGCAGCCCAAAGUGACAGAUGAUGAAGCAAUGAAAGGGGGAGAAACACGAUCUCAAUCUCAUCUGAAGAUUGCUCUCAUACACCCUAAUGAGAUCCCCUCAGCUCUGCGGCAAUUUGUCGAGCAGCGCAAGUCAACGGCAAAGCCACCUUUGCUCGGUCCAAGAACUGUCGGCCUGUCGCUAGAACACAAGGAGCUUCUCGGCGGCUCAUUUUGGAAGGGAAUGGCAGGAGUUCUCCCCCAGAGCCACGAAAAAGUGUGGGAUGCACUGCUGGAGGGACUGGAGCAGUACAACAGUGUCCUCGUCUCUCGCUACAAGGUCAAGGAAGAGACGCAUGCACUCAGGAAUCAGAACACAGAGCUGCGUCUCCUGCUGCAGCACUACAUGCACUCUCGCAUCAAUGAGGAGCUCGAAAUACCACCCACCCUCAUGUUACCCGCUUAGUUUCCUUUGAACAUCUG